UAGAAAUCGGAGUUAUCAGGAGUAGUCUAGUAGUUCUAUCACGCAGCUAAUAGUAGGACAGUAAGCGGCAGUGCUCUGGAAAGUAUCUUUACGCAUGCAUCGACCCCCAGACCAGGGGAUGGCUGGCAAGCCGUUCCGGGCAACCUACAUAUGGAGCAGCAUCAUCAACAACAUGCAGAUGCGUGUGGAGGUGAAACGGAGGAGACACAACCUCAAGACCUACGAGGACUGCUUUCUGGGGUCCGAGGCGGCGGAUGUGGUUCUGGCUCAUAUCAUCCAGAGCAAGUUCUGUGGAGAUGCCGAGGUUCCCCGGACCAAGGCAGUGCGCCUGUGUCAGGCUCUAAUGGACUCCCGGGUGUUCGAGGCGGUUGGAACGAAGGUGUUUGGAAAGGAGAAGAGGAAAGUCACCUUUGAAGACAGCAGCUGCAGCCUGUACAGGUUUCUGAAUACACAAACCCCAACCACAAACUCUGAAACUAUUGAGAAUGGAUAUCACUCUCCUAAUAAACAGAGGGACAGUUACAUAUCGCCAUCGAGAAGGCCGGACGAUCAGGUGAGCUCAAACAUCUCCCCUGUUAAAACGGACAAGACUUUGGAAGAUGUUCUAGGAAAUUUCAACUUUAAAACAAUUACACCUCAAAUGAUUGAUUUGGGGUUAUCACAAGAGUUGGUGGAUGAAGUCUGGCAGCAGCAGACCGUGCUGAGGCUGCUGCAGCUGAUAGAGCUCCCCCUACUGGAGAGUCUGCUGGAGGGUCGCGAGAAACCCCGUCCCUACCUCCACGGCAUGGACAGCGACCCCGACCUGCUCUACACCAGCAACUAUGUGGACCGUGAGAUCCUCAAAGCCUUCAGCGAAUCACAGGCGGAUAACUGGCUCUCAGCGGCUGUGGACUGCCUGGAGUUCCUCCCUGAUCAGCUGGUGGUGGACGUGAGCCGAGGGCUGCCCAAGUGCUCGGACGAUCCAGACGACUGCAAGCGGCUGAUCUACAGAGUGCUGGUGCAGCACUAUGGCGAGCCGCAGUACCCGCCUCUGCUCAGCAACCAUGUGUUCGACAUUCACAGCGGCAUCUCGGAGCUACUUGUGAAUGGGAAGCAGGAGCAGGCUUUGGAGGCCCUGCAGCUGUGUCUGAAGCUCCAGGACUCACACAGUCGAGAGGAACUACGCAGACUGCUACGCUUCAUGGCAGCAGCUUCCCAACCGCAGGAGGUGAAGUUACACAAGGAGAUCGAUAACAGGAUGGCAGUGAAGAGGGCUUUCUCGAGUGCCAUUGUUUACAGUUCACGACUCGCCAAGGGGAAGGUUGACCUCAUGGUACUGUUCAUGGUGGACAAGCACUGUGACCUUUUUAAGAUCCCAGUGUCCUUGCACAAGCUUGUCAGUGAUAAGAUGACAAACAUCAUCAAGAAAAAAGACCCAGAUGUGAUAACGGGGUCAGCUUACUGCAGGAGAAUCCCAGGACAGGCUUACGCAGAGACAAUCAAGAAAACUACCAAUGAUGAGCUGUGGGCCCUACUCAAAACCAUUCAUGAGAACCCCAAACUCUCGGUGAAGGAGAAGAAACGUCUGCUCGGACAGUUCUACAGAGGCCACCCAGAGAUCUUUGUGGAGUAUUUUGGAUCCAGACUGUCAACUGUCGAUCUGUAGAAACAAUUGUAAAUGAUCAUUUCUGUAUAUAUGUUGUAAAAAAUGUAAAGUUACUGUAAAUUGUUGUGUACAUGUUUGUAUAUAAAUCACUGAUGCACUGAUAAAUG